AUGCACUCCAGCCUCAACCGCGUGCAAGCCGUCUUCGGCUUCUUCACGACCGUCGCCCUCGUCGUCGCAGGGCUCGCAGCGCUAUCGACACUCCUUUUCCCUACGGCAGACACGUCGGUGGCAGUGUCAUUAAAGAACGUCCAAGUAGCCAAGGGCCGACCGCACUACUACUCCACCAAACGCGAAGAAUACGCCCAGAUCCGCUUCGACCUGGACGCGGACCUGUCACCGCUUUUCAACUGGAACACCAAGCAGGUCUUUGUCUAUGUCUACGCGACGUACUCUUCGUCCGAUAAGAAAGAGUCCAAGGUUCCGCUGACCGAGGCGAUCAUUUGGGACGCGAUUAUCCCGGCCUCGCCAUCGCCGUAUUCGUUUGAUGCGCUGAGCGAGAAGGUCUUGUCGGCUAUUCCGCCGUCGAUUAUUCCCGCGUCCUUGAAGCCAGCAAAGAAAUCGUCGCAGAAGAAGCGGCCAGCAGCGAAGAAAUCAACGAAGAAGGGCGCGGCUGCUGUUGCGGAGGAGGAUACGCCUGGGAAACUGAGACUGCGUGGCCAGAAGGCUAAGUACCAGAUCAGUGAUAUUACCGGAAGGCUGGCGGAGAGAGAGAACGUCACGCUUUCUGCCGGGUGGAAUGUGCAGCCGUGGGUUGGCGCGCUAUGGUGGAGUCCUGGGACGGGGACUGUGCCGCGCACGCAGGGGACGGUGGUGAACAGUGAGGCGUUUGACUUUCCGCCGUUGAAGGUGGCUGCGAAGAAGGAGGGCGUAUAG